CUGUUAUUUCUUAGUGUUCUUGAAAUCCCUCACAUCUCUCCCUCUGUCUACCUCUCUGUCACUUCCUUGUAAGGAUGUCACUAAGGCAUUUCCUGAAUUUGGUGAGCAUCUUUAUGCUUUGUAAAGGUCAGGACAGUGAGUGCGACAACUUCACUGAUCUGGAUUUCCACGAGUCAUUCAUGGGGACCAAUCUCUAUGUGCGUUUACUCCUUUACACCCGCACCAACCAAGAGUGCGGUCAAGAGUUUCCCCACCAUAACUUCACUCAUGAGCCCCUGUUUAAUGUGACCAGACCCACUACUUUUGUUAUACAUGGGUACCGACCCACAGGUGCACCACCCAUCUGGAUCAAUCACAUUGUUCUCCUGCUAGCAGCACAGAAGGACAUGAACAUCUUUGUAGUGGACUGGAACAGAGGGGCAGCCAACCUCAACUACUUCACAGCCGUGGCCAAUACACGUCGUACAGCUGCAAACAUUACUGGCUUCAUAGAGAGCAUGGAGAAGGAGGGAGCAUCUCUUGACUCCAUGCACCUGAUUGGGGUCAGCCUAGGCGCACAUGUGGCUGGGUUUAUUGGGGCGAUGCUAGGUGGAAGGGUGGGCAGAAUAACAGGUCUGGACCCAGCAGGGCCAAUGUUUGCUGGUGUUCCCCCUGAGGAACGCCUUGAUCCAACUGAUGCCCAGUUUGUUGAUGUGCUGCACACAGAUAUGAACUCCUUUGGCCUUAGAGGAACCCAUGGCCAUAUUGAUUUGUAUGCCAAUGGAGGAUUAGAUCAGCCUGGCUGUCCCAAGACCAUCUUUUCAGGGAAGUCUUACUUUGUGUGUGAUCACCAGAGGUCUGUUUUCCUGUACCUGUGUGCUCUGAACCACACCUGUAACAUUACAGCAUACCCCUGUUCCUCAUACACUGACUUCCUCAAUGGCCAGUGUUUGCAGUGUGAGACCUUCAAGCCUGCUUCCUGUCCUGUUCUAGGUUAUGACAUGAGCCAGUGGAGGGAUACACUCUUGAGGUUAGGGCAAACAAGAGCCUUUUUCUCAACUACAGCAGAGCUCCCCUACAGCAAGACAAGCUACAGAGUGGACCUAGUUACCUGGAACCAGUUUCUACGCUGGGGGGUGGUCAUCCUCCGACUUCACAAUGGAAAAAAUGUAAUAGAAACCAGGCUAGAUCAUAAGCUGUUGCGGUUUGAGCAGUAUACAUCCACUCGACUACUUGCCCAGUUUGAUGAAGAUCUAUAUCCAAUUCAGAAAAUCUCUUUACGGAUCGUCACUGGAAAUGUUAUCGGGCCACGUUACAAGAUAAGGCUGCUUCAUAUUAGGAUAUCACCACUGGAAAAGCCAAACAGGCCACUAAUGUGUCGAUAUGAUAUAAUUCUGGAGGAGAAUGCUGAAGUGUCCUUCAAACCUUUGCCCUGUUCUUGAUCUCGUCUGUGAGAAAUCACCUCAAACGCCUCAAAAAAAAAAAGAAAAAAAAAGAGCCAUUUUAAGUAGAACUAACAAGUUCCAGGUCAUCAUUUUCAAGCUGGUGACCAUCUGUGUUGAUAUUGGACAAACACACCUAGAAAUAUGUGGGUAUAAGUGAAAAUGUUCUUCAUGCGAGGAUAACUAAGUUUUCUGCAUUUAUAGUUGAAACGCAAUCUGAUACACUUUUAGCACACCCGAGAUAAAUUAGUGCCUUUUGUGGGAGAUAUUAUUGCUGUGAUUUUUCAGCAGUUGUGUAGUAGUAUAUGAUCUGUUAUUUCAGAUACUGUGUUUAGGGGCAAUUUUGCAUUGUCGGAUUAUAUUUUCCUGACAAAUGUACUUAAUACAAUUUUGUACGUUUUUGAACCCAUUGAAUAUUUUUAUCUUUUGGAAUGAAUUUUAACUGUACAGUGUAUGGUUCGUCAUUACCAAUAUA